AUGCGCCAGUUGUAUAGACACUACGCAAAAGUACCGACUUUGCUUCUGGGCUUCACCUGCUUUUGCCUUCAACUCGCCCACACACAAGGCUAUUCUCAAGUUCUAGUCAGCGGCAGUGGCAGUACAAAUAAUGAAGGACCAAAAAUUUUCAAAGCAAUAAACAUGGAUUUAAUUUACCCAAGAACCUUUAAUUCCAGCGAAGAUGUGAUUUCCACUACAGAAACUUUAGUCAAGCCACAACAACAACAUGACCAUCAAGUUCAGCCAAUGGCUAGUGAACAGCCCAUAUUGUAUGUCACACCAGCAACAGAUAAUGUUCUGCCAACCGCUCAUCAUGAGGCGACCAGCAUAAAACCAGUGUUGGCAGUUGAUAACGAGCAGCAGGCACCACAACAAUCAGACGCAUAUGAAACGCCAUCGGAUACAUCGCUGGCGGACACAUUGCCGCCAUUACAGGAAUAUGCAUCAACUGGACGCGCGAUUGACUAUAAUAGUCCGGCAUAUAAUUUCAACAAACUCAUAACGCCUUUGAUCAAAAGUCCAUCAUUACCAGCACCACCAUCAGUACGGGAACGACCGGCAUUGGUGUCGUCACCAUCCCAAGCCACAUCAAACAUUGGGCAAAUAAUCUAUCCGCAUGCGUAUAGUCAGCAACAGCCACCAAAUCGAGCGGAAAUUAGUAAACUUACGGGAAAAGCUGAAUUUAGUGACCGCUUCACUCCUGGUGAAGCAGUCGCAGCUGGCCAAUUUGCCAAGCACCGACAACAGAAUUCGGACAACAAGAAGGCGUCCGCAUCUCAGAUCAGACAGCAAAUUUAUGUACCUCCGAAAAAUACAUAUUCAUUUCCACCGAACUUAAACGCACAGUAUCCGUCACCUUAUCAAGACCCCAAAGCGGCCUUGCCCUCAAGUAAUGUAAACAGUUAUGUGGCGCCACCCUCUGGUCCAGUGCAGGCGAAUGCAAACUAUCCAUUGGUGGCCGCAGCUAGCAGCAACGAUAGUGGCUACACGUACAAAGGUCCCCUUAAUCCAGACAGUGACGAUGCGAAAAAUGCCAAACCAGCUCCCGCUGAGGAUCAAAAGGGCGUGGAUAGCGGCGACAGUAACUCGGACGACACGAUAGGUGUGCUACCUGCCAGUGCUAUGGGCGAUGCGGACAAAGACAUGGAUGGCAAAGGAGCUGGCAUGGAUAGCAUGAAUGCAGGCGUAGAUGAUGCGGGCGCAAUGGCUGAUGGCGUUGAACAGGAUCAUCCGCCACCGACUGAUGACACAGAGUAUCCCACACCGCCACCUGGCUGGCUGGAACAGCAUCCCGAUACGUUGCACGAUAGUCCGCAUAACGGGUUUCACCACGAUCUAAACAGCGAUCCGCAUUUCGAUUUACACGAUCAUUUUCCAUCAUAUCCACAAUACUUUCAUCAUUAUCCUGAAAUCAUAUGGGACGAUCAUCAUUAUCACCAUCACGACCAUACGGCACCGCCACCACCCACGCUGCCACCCAUCACCACCGAAGCGCCACCACCAGAGCCACCACCGGAGCCACGUGUCAAGAAGUACAGCUACUUUUACAUUGGUCGCAAAUUGUGGUACAUACCUCUUUAUUUCACGGUUUGGUUUAGUUUUUAUGUACUCUGGCUUAUCAUUAAAUCGAUUGCGCGCCAUAAGGUCAACUUGCCAAACCAUUAUGUCAGCAAACGUAGCCUACUAGAUUACCCUGGGACAGAGACGCAGGCAAACGAAUAUAUUAAUGACCUAACGGUAUCUGUUUUGGAGAAGAUUGAAAAAUUCCGACAGAAAUACCAAACAUGACUGGAAGCAAAAAAGGAAACUAUUUUAUGUUAUCUUAAAUGUAUAUUUACGGAAUAAAAUAAAAAUAACUAAGUACAUAAUUUACUUUAAAGUUUAUCUAUUUUUUGUAGUUACAUAUGUAUAGGACGUACUUAGGCUAUUG